AUGUCGCUCUCACGCCGGUGGCUCAACGUGGCGGAUGUGUCAGCUCAGGCGGUAACCCAUGUGGACAUCGAUACCCCGCUCUUCUCGCCGCUCCCGGGCUCCAUCAUCUUCCAGCAAUACACACCGCUGGUUCCGGUCGAGGGGCGCCUCCGCCUCCGCAACAACGACCGCGUUGCCCGCAAGGUCAAGGUCCUCAACUCGGACGUCCCGUUCUUCAAGGUCGAGGGCGAUCCGGCAACCUCGGUCGCUGGCACACACUCGGUCCAGUCCAAGGGCAAGGUCGCCCCGGGCAUGGAGGUCGUCUUCCGCAUCGUCUUCACCGCAGAGCUCAACGUCGACUACGCCCUCGACCUUGUCGUCGUCACCGAGCGCGAGAAGUUUGUCGUGCCGGUCGCCGCUUUCGGCGCCCGCGGCAUUCUCGACUUUCCCGACGCCAUCGCCUUUGACCCGUCCCCGGUCCGCCACAUCACCGACCGCCCGGUCCUUGUCCGCAACGUCGGCAACGCACCAGCCCGCUUUGCCGCCAGUGUUGACGGCCCGUUCCGCGUCUCGCCCUCGGACGGCGUUGUCCCGGUCGACGACCAGCUCCAGUUUGUCGUCGCCUUUGCGCCCUCUACCGUCGGCCGCAAGUCUGGCUUUCUCCGCAUCGACUACGAGUCCGGCGACUCGGUCGGCAUCGCCCUCUCCGGCGAGGCCCUCGAAGUCAACGUUCGCCUCGAAAAGUCGCAGGUCGUCCUCGACCCGACCUUUAUCUCGCUCCGCUCGUUCUCCACCUUUAAGAUCAUCAACCGAUCGUCGGUGGUAGCUCCGUUUGCCUUUAAGGCUUUUGCUUCCGAGCAUGACGAGGCUCAGGCACGACUCCACGCCAACCUCGACCUCGCCUCGUCGCAGUCACAUGCAGCCGACGCCAACCCCCACUCAGCGCCCGGUCCGUCGAGCUUGCCCUCACUCGGCGCUGCCCUCACCGACCGCGAGUUCAAGACCAAGCUCACGCAGCUCACCACCGACCCGCUCCUCUUUGAAGACCGCAUUUUCUCCAUCGCCCCGCUCUCCGGCAAGGUCUGGCCCGACUCGCAGGUUGAGGUCACCGUCACCUUUUCGCCCGCUAUGGCUGGGCCUGUCGCUGCCCUUGCCUACGUCGAGCUCGGCGGCCGCGAAGCUCGCCUCCCGCUCGAGCUCCAGGGUGACGGCCUCGGCCCCACCGCCGCAUUUGUCCGCGACUACCACGACUUUGAGCAGGUCUUCAUCUCGGCGCCCAUCUGCACCACCGUCGUCCUCGAAAACGUCGGCGAGAUCCCCGCAGACUUUGCCCUUCACCCCGAGACCGGGCCGUGUGCCAGGGCAUUUACCUUUGAGCCCGAGACCGGGACGCUCCCAGUCGACGGCUCGGUCGAGAUCCUGGUCACCUUUGUCCCGCCGGUCAUCGGCUCCUUCUCGCAGCGCAUCUACUGCGUCCUUGAAGGUGCCUCUUCGCAUCCGUUUGUCUCGUUCCGUGGUGUCGUCAUCGGGCCGACCUUCCACGCCGACGUCGACGCCCUCGCCUUUGGCCAGGUCUCGUACGGCUUCCUCGAGACCCGCCAUUUCUCGCUCUACAACACCUCUGAAAUUCCCAUGCACUACAAGCUGCACAUGGAGGCCGACGGCAACUUCCUCGACCGCGAGUUUGACGUCAUCCCGUCACAUGGCACCAUUGCGCCCAAGGCGUCGGCACAGGUUCAGGUCGACUUUAUGCCGGCCACCGUCGCCCGCGUCUCCUCAGCCCUCCAAGUCGACGUAGAGGGCGUCGGAACCUCGGUUCUCUCCAUCCCAGUCUCUGCAACAUGCCGUGUCCCGGCCAUCGAGCUCGCCACCCCGCUCGUCGACUUUGGCGAAGUCUUUAUCCGCCACGAGUACUCGGCGCCCGUCACCCUCAUCAACGAGUCCGACACGCCCGCAAAGUAUGAGAUCAUUCCGCAGGCUCCCUCCGCCCGCGCCGCCGCAUCCUACUCCUCGCCGCGCGCAAAGGGCAUCAUCGAGCAGUUUUCCGAGUUUCAGGUCCCCAUCGCCCUCGUCGCCAACAAGCUCGGCGAUGUCAACAUGCCGGUCUACAUCCGCAUCCUCGGCUCAAAUGCUCCCCCGCUCGAAGUUUCGCUCCGCGCCACCUGCAAAGGCCCGGUCCUCGUCCCAUCGGUCAACACCCUCAACUGGGGCAAGGUCAAGGUCCUCACAGACGUCCCGCUCACCCUCACCCUCGCCAACGACUCGCUCAUCCCGGCCUCGAUCUCGGCCGCAUUCCGCCGCCAGCACCAGGUCUUCUCCGUCGACGUCGUCACCUACACCAUCCCGGCGCGCAAGACCUUCGACCUCGUCAUCACGGCUCGCCUCGACGACGUCCUCCCCUUCUCCGACGAGCUCAUCCUCACCGUCAACGACGGCGAAGGCGACACCAUUCGCGUCCCCUGCAAGGCCGCAGGCUUUGGCUCCACCAUCACCGCUGACGUCUCGCUUGAGCGUGUCGACUUUGGCAAGGUCCCCACACACAAGCCCUGCUCGCAAGUCUUCCACCUCCGCAACGACGGCUACCGUCGCCAGACCCUCUCCUGGUCGCUCGGCGACAAGCGCGGCCGCGCUGGCAACGCCCCCGUCGAGGCAUCGGGCGCCUUCUCCCUCUCAGAGACAAAGUUCUCGCUCGAGCCUGGCGAGGAGUACACCCUUAUCCUCAGCGGCAACUCGGCUGCCCCGCGCGACGUCGUCGACAAGCUCCGCUGCGUGGCCACCGUCGAGCGCAAGGCCAUCGUCGUUGUCGAUGCUCCCAUCUCGGCCUCGUUUGUCAUCCCGCAAUUUGUCUACAUGCACGACGUCGCCCACAACGACGACAUCCCGCACCUCACCCAAGACCUCACCAUCACCAACGUCUCGCCGCUCGCGCUGGAUGCCCAGAUCAAGGUCUUUGGCGCCUUUGCCGUUUCGGACGAAGACCUCGCGCUACAGCCCGGCCAGUCUGCUCGCCUCACCGUGCGCUUUAAUCCCGACUACGCCUCCAACCACUGCGCAGACACCCUCGAUGACGAGCUCAUUGUUGUCUACCGCGAUCACCCGCGCCGUGACACCCUCAAGCUCCGUGGCGUCGUCAACUUCCCCACCCUCAACCUCGACACUCACGCCCUUGACUUUGGCUGCAUCCUCAACGAGACACAGGCCAAAAAGUAUGUGACGCUCACCAACACCUCGGACUUGCCGGCCUCGUUCUCGUGGAUGCUCAUUAACGACGACGCCCCGCUAGCCGCGUCGGGCCUCGACACCGGAGACUCGCUCGACGACUCGCUUGACUCGCGCGCUCCGCCCGCCCGCGAAGCCUUUGACCUACUCCCGCUCCGCGGCACAGUGCCUCCGGGCGCCACCACCACCAUCGAGGUCAUUUUCUACGGCCACGCCCACGCCGCAGCCUUUGCCACUGCCGUCUGCACCGUCCUCGGCGGGCCGACCGUCGAGCUCACACUCGCCGGCCGUGCCUCCUCCAUCGACUUUACCCUCUUCCCCACCACCCUCGAGUUUGGUCGGACGCUGCUCGGUAAGCCGCGGACGAGGACCCUGAGCCUGACCAACCACGGCCAGGUCCCGGUCGAGUUUGCCUUUGAGCGCCUGCCCGAGCUCAUCGACUCGACAGAGCUCCCGCUCGGCCUCCCUCACCACAUCGAGGCCGCACUCCCGCCACCCACUGCGCCACCGGCCCAUAAGACCCUCCCCAUCAUCGAGUCCGAGGUCGGCUCCGUCAACGGCCUCGCCUCCGAGGCCGGCGAGGCCGAGCCGGGCCUCGACGCCUUUUCGCCAGCCCUGCUCAAGGCUCUUGUCCCGCCCGCAGCUGUCCUCGCCCCGCUCUCGGGCGUUCUCGCUCCGAACGAGACCCGCACCAUCCGCGUCACCUACAGCCCGCUCCUCCCACGCCGGUCUUGCGGGAGCUUCCGCGUCAUCGUCGCCCACUUUGCCCCGCAGCAGGUCACCAUCACAGGCUCGGGCGUCUUCCCGCACAUGAUCACCUCGCUGCCGCGGAUGCUGGGGCCCGGCGAGGCCGAGCUUCGCGCCUAUGCCGAGACUGUCUCCGGCCCGGCCAUCGCGUUCUACCCUCAGCAUCCCCGUCCCUCGUCGGCCUCCGAGUCGUCCGAGGAUGACGUCAAGAGCGCCAACGGCGAGCAGGACGAGGCCAGCCAGUCGGCCCUUGUCGAUCCGACAGCCAUCAAGCCGGUCUGGGGCGUCGACGCCGAAAUGGACAGGCUCCAGGUCGAGCGGCGGACGCUCUGCCUCGUCGCGCGUCUCGCCCUUGGCGCGCUCAAGACCUCAUCGACCGGUUCGCUCGCCGAGACCGCCGCCGCCCUCAACCCGGGAGACCUCGCGCCGCCGGCCAAGGAUGCGCUUGCCGCCGCCAUGCGCCGCGCCCGCAACGCCUUUGUCAUGGCCUCGUACGUCUGCGACUUUGGCUACGUCGUUCUCGGCACGUCCAAGACCGCCAGCUUCUCGCUCACCAACAUCGGCUUUCCGCCUGCCUCGCUCAUCAUCGACCAAAAGUCGCUCCGCCUCUCGGGCCUCUCGCUCGAUCCCAUGCGGGUUCGCAACCUGCCUGGCGCACCGGGGCACGACUCGGUCAUCUUCACCGCCACGCUUUCCACCGUCGACGUCGAGUUUGAGCAGGGCUUGUACGAGCGGAUCGUGCCCAUUGUCCUUGACUCGGGAGCCACGCUCGCUCUCCACUUUAAGGCCACGCUCACCGUGCCCACGCUCUCGGUCUCGCGGUCCAACUUUGACUUUGGCCACGUCCACGUCGGCUUUGUCAAGCGCAUGUACGUUCAGCUGACCAACUCGCAAGCUGUCCCGGCCACCUGGUUCAUCAAGCCGGUCACCACUCGCUCGCGCAAGUCCGAGGCACUGGCCUCGGCCGAGGCCUUUGCCAUCACACCCAAGUCGGGCGUCCUCGCCCCCGGCGAGUGCAUCAACGCCUGCAUCACUUUUUCUCCGCGGAGCGAGGCCGCCUACAAGCACGCCUUCAAGGUCCGUGUCAAGAUGAACCGCAAGGUCUUCCGCUUUGUCUGCUCCGGCCUCGGCCGCAUGCUCAAGCUCCAGUUUGCGCCGCCGCAGCUCUACUUUUCGGCCACCCAGCCGCACACAGAGGGUGUGUACUCGCAGUUUUUCAUCACCAACCCCAACGAGGUGCCCAUCGAAGUCUACUCGGAGGCCCUUCGCUACGUCUCAGGCUACGCUCACGACUCGGACACCAUGCUCAUCCAGCCGCGGGAGCCCGGCGACCCGGUGCCGAAGGAGCUUCUCACGCUUCUCGAUGAGCUCAAGGCCGCACAGGCCGCCGCGGCGGCUGCCUCUGACGACGCCACGACCGCACUUGACGCCGCUGCCAUGGCCAAGGCAUCCGAGGAGGCUGCCCUCGCUGCGCUAGAGGCCGCCAGGGUCGAGGCUGCUGCCGACGAGGGCAACAACGACAAGCUCCGCCUCUCGCGCACCCUCUCCAGUGACAGGAUUGUCAAAAACGCGGCCACAACGUCCGAGGUCGCUCCCUCGCAGGAUCCAGCCUCAGCCUCCGCCGCCGAGCACCGACCCACGUCGGCCACACUCUCCCACGUAGAGUCGGAGACCUCGCAGUCGGGCCGCUCGCGCUCCGGCAAGUCGCGUCGCAAGGGCUCAGGUCGGCGUUCCCGCCGCAAGAGCCACAAGCACGCACCCGCGGACGCCGCCGCUCCUGCUGCCGCAGACGCACUCGCCGCUCCGGAGCCGUCCGCGCCUGCUGUCCAGCUCACCUCAGACCUGGACCUCACCAUUCCCGCAUUCGGCGAUAAGCCCAAGUCGUCGGUCGAGGCCGCUGAGGCCGAGGCCGUGGCCGAGGCCGCCGGCUUUGACUCGGCUGCAGAGCAACACAUCGCCUCACUCGAAGCCGCCCAUGCCGCGGCCACCGCCGCCACUACUUUGGCCGAGGCCCGUGCUGCCGAAGCCGUUGAAGCUGCCAACACUGCACAGCUCGCUGUCGACGCUGUCAUUGCCCGCGCCGCCAUCUUCCCGGACCUCUCGUUCACUCCGAUCUCGUCGCACGAGCUCGAGGCCCGCGCCGCCGCCAACCCUGAACCGGUCAUCGAUCCGCGUCUUGCGCCACGCGACGGCAGGCCGCUGUACUCGGUCCUUCUCUGCGGCCCACCGCUUGCCGGCAAGUCGACCGUCGCUGCUUCGCUCGCCGCCCGGUACCCGCACCUGACCACGCUCGAUCUUGGUGACCUCCUCACCCAGCUUCUCACAGAUGGGGUCCAGGACGCACAGGCGCCCUCCCCAAGAGCUCCGUUGACCGAAGACAUCGUUGCACCCGCCGAGCCUCCGGCUGUCGAGUACACUACGUCCGAGCCAGCAUCCGAGUCGGUCCUCAACGACUCGGGUGUCGAGCCCGACUCCCAGACUUCGCUCAACGAGUCGGGCGAGCUGGCGCCGCCUGCUGCUGAUGUGGGUACGAGUGACAUCGCCGGCCCGGAUGCCGAUGGCCAGUCCGAGCCUUUGGUCGCGCCGGAGGAGCCACUGGAGGACGCGGCACCUGUCAUCGGUGCCCCAGCCAUUCUCGCCAAGCUGCGCGCGCUGAUGCGCGAGGCGCCGGUCGAGUCUGCGCUCUCGAUGCCGAUUGUCAACGCGGCAGUGGCCGAAUCGCGGGCGCCGGCGUCGGUCUCCCGUCACAAGCGGCGGAAGCAUCGCCAAGGCGAGGCCGGUGACGAUCCGAGCUCCUUAGCGGCGGCGUCGGCGACCACUGGGGUUGGCGCCGCCAAAAAGCGUGGUGCUGGCAAGCGCAGCAAAGGCGUUGACGAUGGCAUUGAUUGGUUCAACCUCGCCCCCGAGGUGGUGUGCGCCACUGUCCGCGAGUUCCUUGCUGCCUCGGCCGAGGCGGCGUCCGCGGACAAGGCCGCCGCCAUCCGCCGCCAUCGCUCCAACGCUUCGGUCUCCGGCAAGGGCCGGUCGAGCCACCGCGACGACGGCGCCGCGUCGCCGGAUGUCGGCGACGCUGACGACGUCGAACCGCGGCUGUACCUGCCGGCGCCGCUCCUUGGUGCGCUAGUCAAGGUUCUCGUCACUGCCGUACCGUGCAACGGAUUCCUCCUCGACUCGCUCAACGCCGACUUUGUGUCACUCGCUGGUGGCCUACUCCCAGCGCACGCCGCCGUCAAGUCGGCCUUCAACUCGAUGCCUGGUCACGACCUCUUUGUGCGCAUGUUGGAGGUCUCACCUGACACUGUCGACGAGCGGUACGUGGCGCUGACCAGACCGCCGACCCCGCCGCCGCCGACCCCGCCGCCGAAGUUUAUGACCAUGAGCGAAGAGGCGUACGACGCGCUCGACGAUGAGCAGCGCGCUGCCUACGACGCCGAGUGGGCCGAGUACAAGCGCUCGCUCUUCCGCAAGCGCCAGGCCGACGAGGCCCGCAAAGAGGCUGAGCGCGCAGUCGUCGCCGCCCGCGUCGAAGAGCAGCAGGCUAUCCUCGACGCUGCGGUUGCAAAGACUCGCAAGAAGCUGCGCAAGUCGUCGUCGCGCUCAAAGCGGACAAUCAAGGACGAUGAGUCGGUGGCAGCGUCGCAGGCCGGCGACGGCGACGCCGUCGACCUCGCCUCGCUCGAUCUCGACGGUCUCACUGUCGCCGACGUAACCCCAGCCAUUGCCGCGCUUCUCAACCUGCCAGACACCUUCUUUGGCGACGGGCUUGUCGGCGUUGAUGGUGAGCCGUCAUCGCUCGCCCCGCCGCCCUGGCAUGUCGGCCUCGUUGCAUGGACCAACGCGGCCGCAGACCUCGCGUCCAUGUACGCACUCCUCAACGUCGGACCGGCCGAGGCUGCCGGAGCCGGGGCUGGUGAGUCGGCAGCCGACGGCAGCCAUGAAGCCGCGCUGCUUUCCGGUAGCGGCGGUGCAGCUGACGCGCUCGGCGUCUCGACAGCGUCCAACGCUGCGUCGACCUCGUCUCGGACGCGCCGGUCGAAGCGGGGCUCACGCUCUAAGCGGCGUGGCUCGGUCGCGCCAGUCCCGCUCACCGAGUCGUCAGUUCAGGAGCGCGGACUUGCGGCCGCCGCCGCCCCACCCAAGCCACCGCCCAAGCCGCCGCUUGCCGAGCCGGUUGCCACCAUUGACGCCAGCCACAAGCCUCUCGUUGUGGCUGCCGCGGUCGAGGCCUCGCUCCCACCGCCUGACAAGAUUCCCGAGCCCGAGCCGAUCACGCUCGAGGUGCCCGACGACGAGCUGCUGCAAGUGCUGGAGCGGCCGGCAGAGCGACUGCCGCGUGAGCCAUGCACCAACCUCGAGAUCUACCUGCCCGAGUCGUACUCGGACAUUGUGGCGGAGGAGCGGGCAAGAAAGGCGUCGGCGGCAGCAGCCAAGGCCGAGUCGCGGUCGCGGAAGAAGGGCGGCAAGGGCGGGCGCCGCGGUGGGAGCAGUGGCGGAAACGCCAGUGCCGAGCCUGCCGAGCCUGCAAAGUCGGACGAAGCUGCAUUUAUCGAGGUCGAGGGCGAGCUCGCUGCGCUGCGGCUCAAGUCGCAGCACCCGUACCGGUACGUGCUCAAGCCGGGCGAGACGCAAGAGCUUCUUAUACUCGGUCUCGACGCCCAGUUCCCGCUCGAGUGCUUUGCGUCGGCGUCGUAUCCGAUGGUGUCAAACGACCCGCGAGUGGUCUUCGCCUCGCGCAUCCGCAGCUAUGGCUCGGAGGCGAGCAUGCUCACCAAGCUGCCGGCUUUUGUCAUGACCGAGGGUGUCUUUGACUUUGGCCCUCUUCUCUUUGGCAAGUCGCGUGAGUCACGGCCGGCCGGUGCGAGCGGCACAAGCGGCAGCUCGCGGCGCGAGCGGCGGUCGGAUUCGAAGCGGCACGGUGGCGGAUCGAGCUCGCACCACCACGAGUCGAAGCGCAUGUCGCGCGGGACGUCGAGCGCGGCGCUGGUGAGCGCGGCAGCUGAGCAAGCCCUGACGCCCGACCAGGAGGCGGCACAGACAGCGGCACUGCUCAAGCGGCACCACGCCGUCUUUACCUUUGUCAACCCGGGUGCGCUCGUGGCGCAGGUCGAGCUCUGCUUCGAGUCGGAUGUCAACUCGGCCACGUUUGCGGUCGAGCCAACGACGUUUGAGCUUGCGCCCGACGAGUCGCGCGAGGUGACGGUCUGGGCCUUCCCCAAGACCGACGGAGAGUACCGCGACACACUGGUGGCCAUCAUUAAGGACAACCCGAUUCCGACGGUCUUUCCGCUCCGCUGCGUCGGCGUCAAGCCACGGCUGGAGCUUUCGACCGAGGCGCUCGAGUUUGAGCCGAUGCUCCUGCACCGGCUCGACUCGCGGACGCUAUCCCUGAGCAACCCGACUGCACUGCCUGUCAAGUGGCAGCUGCUUAACGCACAGGCGCUGUUGCCGGAGAUCCGGGUCGCGCCACUCUCGGGCGAGGUGCCGCCGGGUGGGAGCGUCGACGUCUUUGCGCGGUUCCAGGCCAAGAAGCAGAUCACGAUCCACAAGGCGCUCAAGCUCGAGGUGACCGAUGCCGAAGGCCUCUACGGUCCGCUGCAAACAGAAAACGUGCAGGUGGAUGGCGAGGCGUACGACGUGGCCAUCGACGUGCACUUUGCGCGUGGCACGACCGAGGCCUGCCUCGACUACGGCCUGCUCAAGGUCUACGAGUCGCGAGUCCUCUCUGCAACGCUCAAGAACAAGGGCAAGCACGACAUUAAGUUCCGGUUCCGGUUCGAGACCAACGAAAUCCGCGACGUCAUUCGCAUCGAGCCGGCUGAGGGCGUGCUCGGGCCAAACGAUAAGCCGUCGACGGUUGAGUUUAUCUUCCGCUCGUUUGCCGAGUUCACCCUUACCGGUGCGGCUGACAUCAAGUGCCAGGUCCUCGAGGCCGCAACCGACGAGAUCAUUGCCACCAUCCCGGUGACGGUGACCGCCACGGCGCGGUUCAAUGCGUAUAGCCUUGUGCCGGAGCGGGUUGUCAACUUUGGCCCGCUGGUGUAUGGCAACCAGCGGACGCGGUCGUUUGAACUGCGGAACACUGGGCCGUUUGCCUUUGAGUACUGCUUCUUUGACAUGGGCAAUCCUGAAGGUGCUGCGGCGUUUUCAGCCAUUGCCGCUGGCCACCUCACCGCCACCUACGGUGCCGGCCUCGAGCGGGCCGAGAGCUACUCGGACAAGCGGCGCGGCGGUCGCAAGAGCGCCGGCGCGCAGCGCGGCGACUCGGGCAGGCGACGCAAGAAGCGGCGCGGCGACGAUCGCGAGUUGUCGCACUCGAUUCUCGAUGCUGCCGCUGAGCACGAGGCCGCCAUCUCGCCGCGGCCAGGCGCCAAGGGCUCUGCGCGGCGGUCGCGGUCUAAGUCGGUCUCGGCGCGUAAGGCGGGUAGCUCCAGUGCGGCGGCCGAGCCGGUGGCUCUCGUGCGAACUGGGGCCAAGGACGCGCUCAACGUCGGCGCCUUUGAGCUCGCGCCGUACACCGGGCUCAUCGAGCCGGGCGGCAAGGCGGUGAUCACGGUUCAUUUUUACGCCGAGGCCUCUAAGUUUUGUACCGAAAAGCUCGGCUUGUUCAUUCCGGACCUUGCCGACGCGCCACCGCCGCUGACAGUGGCUCCGGUUGCCGAGACCGGUGCUGUGGCGCUCUCGGCGUCGUCGAGCGCGGGCGCACUGGCCAGUCUUGCGGUGGGCGUCCCGGUCCCGAUCCCGUACGAGCUGACCGGCGAAUCGUGUGUGCCGGGCAUCAACACCUGGGACUACGACCUCAUUUUCGAAGAGCAGAUGGUGGUGGCGCAGCUCGAGUCGGUGGCGCGGAGCGCGGCCGGUGCAGCCAACGUCUACGCCAAGAUGUCGAACACGUUUUCGUUUGGUGCACUCAUUGUGGGCCGGCAGGCUGUGGCACAGAUCAAGAUCUCGAACCCAAACAAGGUUGCGUGCGACGUGGUCUUCUCCACCGAGCUCCCGUUCUCGUCAGGCUCGGGCUCGACGUCGGCCAACACGUCAUCACUGCGGCGGUCGGGCUCGGCGUCGGGCAACGCGUCGACAUCGGGCAGCUCGUCCAAGCGGCGGCAAGGGAAAAAGUCGUCGCGGACGACCGAGGGAACAUCGAGUCGUGGUGGCGGCGGUGGUGGUGGAGAUGGCGACGAUGAGGCCGAGGCCGGUGACGGUGGCGACGAGGGCGAGGUUGUGGGCGAGCGGCCUGUCUUUGACGUUCAGCCUCGGCGGGUUCACAUUCCGAACCACGAGUACCGGUUUGUGACGAUGCUGUUCAACCCUGCUGCGCUCCUCGAGUACCGCGGCCUCUUUACGGCACGGGUGGAGAAUGGCGAGAUUGCGCCCGAGUCGUCAGUCUUCCGGUUCAACCUGGUGGGUGAGGGCACGAUGCCGCGGAUCUCGGUCAAGUCGCCCACCAGCCGCAAUGAGCGCGGCGAGCUCGAGCUCGGCUUUGGGCGGUGCAUGCUGAUGCGGUCGCGGGUGCUGAGCAUUGUGGUGGCGAAUGCCGGCGUGCUCAACGCGAGCGUGCGUGUGGAUAUGAAGCGGAGCUCGAGUCCGUCUUUUGUGGUCGAGUCGAACGGGGCAACAGUCGAGCUUGCCGCCGGUGAGGAGGCACGGUUUGACGUCACCUUUACGCCACAAGAGUCGGCGACGUUCACAGGCGAAGUUGUGCUGUCUGUGGCGGACAACUCGUUCGAGACGACUGUGUUCCGGCUGAGCGGCGAGGGCUACGCGGCGAUGGCGUCGUUUGACGCGCUGCCAGGCAAUACGGAGAACGUGCUCGACGUCGGGUCCGGGCCUGUUGGCGUGGCGCGGACGGUCACGUUUGGCCUCUGUAACCACUCGUCGCACUGGAUGCGGUACGUGUGGUCGCCUCCGGCGGUGCCGGAAGACAUUGCCAUCCGGGUUGCCGAGGCGCGGGCGGCUGUAGAGGAGCUGGGCGAUCGGGUGCGCGAGCUCCGGGCGGCGGCGUCUGCCAACGUGUCGGGCGGCUCCGAUUCUGGCGAGGGCUCCAGCUCUGCGCGCGAGGCCGAGGAGGAGCUUGUCGAGGUGCGCGAGGCGCUGGAGGCGCGUCAGCGCGAGCUCGACGAGUACUCGUCGGCGCUGUUUUCGUUCUCGCCGCGCAUCGGGCAUGUGCCGUCGCAGGCCAUGGCCCAAGUCUCGCUCACCUAUCGGGCGCCGUACCCGCUGAGCUUUGAGUCGCUGGCGGCGUCGUGCAUGACGACGAUGAUUGUGCGGCGCGAUGGGAGCCGCGGGCACUGGGACGCAACGGCGUCUGUGACCAAGUUUGUUAACGUUGUCAACGAGACAAACGAGGUGGUGUCGGACUCGCUUGCGCGCAAGCUGCCUGCGGGCGCUGUGACGCGGCGGCGGAUGAAGGUUUCCGUGAGCGAGCCCGAGUACGACGAGGUGGAGGUCGUGGACGAGAGCGAGGCGGCGAUGGGCUUUGCGCCGUCGCUCGCACUCCCGCUCUACGUCUCGGGCUCUGCUGACACGGCCAAGUACUCGCUCGACGUCGAGUCGAUUGUCUUUGCCGAGACGUACAUGUUCGAGUCGCGGUCGGUUCACUUUAAGUUUACAUCGCAGUCAACGACGGCGUUUGCCUACGAGUGGAUGGUGGUGUACGGCGAUGGGGUGGAGGACGUGUCGGGCGACUUUGCGGUGGAGCCUGCCAGCGGGAGUCUCGGGCCGGGCGAGUCCAUCGAUGUCAUGGUGACCUUUGCACCGGACGAGGUCAAGAACUUUGAUCGAUACCUGCUGGCGACGAUUCCUGGGCUCGACGCGUCGCAAGACGAGCCGGAGAUUCCGAUCAUGGCGAGCGCCAAGCGGCCGGUCUGCCACCUCGAGCUGCCGGUGUGCAAGUACCUGAGCUCUGGCGAGCGGCUGCCGGACCUUCCCGGGCCUGGUGGGAUGGUGGGACCGCUCGAUCCUGCUACGCGGGUCAUCGAGAUCACGUCUGUGGGCGUGCGGGUCCGGGUGGUGCACAAGUUUAUGGUUGUUAACCCGACGAACGUGUCGUACAGCUUCAAGUGGAAGUGUGUCGACUCGGAUCCGACGCGGUCGCCGUUCCGUUGCCUCACCGAGGAGGGCCUGGUUGUGUCGGGCCGCAAGUACGAGGUGGCCUUUGAGUUUGUCUCGCAGGAUCUUGAGCUCCGCGAGUCGUUCUGGGAGUUUGAGAUUGCCGAGCAGGGCAUUGUCAUUCCGUUCCUCCUCCUUGGACGGACCAAGGAGCCAGAGGUAUUCCUCUCGAAAACCUUUAUCAACUUUAAGGAGUCGCUGGUGGGCCACACAGCGAGCGCCGAGAUUGAGCUUGUCAACGAGACCGAGGGCGAGUACCGGUUUGCCUUUGACGCCUCGUCGUUUACCUGUGUGGAUGGGCGGGUAGUGGACGUGAGCCCGAUGUCGGGGGCGGUAGGCGGCGGCAAGCGGGUGCCGCUGGUUGUCUCGUUCUGCGCGCCAGUAGAGAAGGCGUUCAACUUCAACAUGGUGUGCAAGGUGCAACACAAGCCGACGCGGCUGGUGCUCAACGUCAAGGGCGAGGGCUACGCCAUCCGCGACGAGCUCUUCCUGGAGCGGUCGGGCGCGGGGCUGAGCUCCGGCAGUGGCACUGAGGAUGCGCGGCUGGUGCGGCUGGCGCCGGGCGCAGGCAACAUGGUGGACUUUGGGCGGAUCCAGAUCUCAGAGCGGGCAAGCCGCAAACUUGUGGUGGUCAACGCUGGGAGCACGAACCUCGACUUUAAGUGGGCGCUCCCGCCCGAGUAUGAGAACGCUGGCGUGCUCUCGAUUGAGCCUGCGCUCGGUAUUGUGGGCCGCGAGUCGCGGACCGAGUGCCUGCUGACGCUUGGUGCCGAGUCCGAGGUUGCGCUCAAGCGCGUCAAGGUCUACUGCAAGGUGACUAACGGCAAGACGUACCCACUGCUGGUGUCGGGCGCGGUCCGGCGGCCUGCGCUCAAGUUUUCUGUCCUCCACCACGACUUUGGCCCGUGCGUCCUCCACCGAGUCGGCUCUGCGGUGCCGACCAAGGUGCUUGUGGUGACGAACGAGGACGUGAAGGACGUCGCGUUCGAGUGCCUCUUUGACAACACCGAGUACCUGGAGGUGCAAGCGCCACCGACGGUGCUUGCGCCGGGCGAGUCUGCGCAGCUCCCGAUCCUGUUUACGCCGCGGAGUGAGGAGGCGAUGCGGGAAGAGCUCGUGUUUGAGGUCAACACGCUCUCGCAAGUGACGGUGACGGUGGAGGGCUCGGGCGUCUCGCCGCGAGUGGAGCUUGUGGACGCGACAAGCCGGAUGGUCUCGUUUGGCGUCCUGCACAAGGGCGCGACGGCGUCGCGGGUCGUGGCGCUCAUCAAUCGGUCGCCGAUUCCAGUCAAGGUUGAUGUGAGGGAGAACUCGGAGCGUUUUGCAAGCCGGCAUAUCAGCUUCUCGCCGGGGGGCGUUUUCGUCAUCAAGCCGCGGCAGAUCCGUAAGAUCUCGAUGACGUACGCACCGGUCGACCGGCAGCACACGUUUGAGGAGGAGUUUGUGGCGAGCGUGGCGGGCGUUCGGCGCGGGCUGGCGGUGGUCUCGGGCUGCUGUCAGGGCGUGGAGGUGAAGGUCGACACCAACGAGGUUGCGUUUGGGGCGGUGACCUCGGGCUCGUCGACUACCAAGGUGCUUGCGCUGCAGAACAUCGGCGACAUCGGUGUGCGGUUCAAGUGGGAGCUCGGGCGCGCCAGCCGUGCAUUCUCGAUCGAGCCGUCCGAGGGCUACCUCAUUCCGGGGACGGACGUCAACUGCACGAUCAUCUUUGCGCCACCUGUGGUGCAGGACGCAAUCCGGUUCGAGGGCAUCCGAUGCAACGUGGAGGGUCAGGAGCCGAUCGAGGUGGCGAUGCAGGGUGCAUGUGUGCCGCCACCAGAGCCACAGCAUGCGGUCGUGUUUGAGGCGCCGGUUCGCGAGAGCGUGACCAAGACCAUCUCGCUGGCGAACAAGUCGGGCAUGGACUGGGUUGGCAUUGUGCCUGCGCUGUCUGCCGGCCCAUGGAGCGGGCCGUCGUCGAUUUCUGUGCCUCUCAACUCGAGCGCGUCAUACGUGCUGACGUACCAGCCUGUGGUGAUGUCGAGCCGCGAGGCACCGCACCAUGGCGAGGUCUUCUUCCCGCUGCCGGACGGCUCGGGCCUGCUCUUCCCACUGGUGGGCAUUGCUGGCCCGCCAAACGCUGCAGGCGAGCUCAAGCGCGAGGUCGAGUGCAAGGUCAAGGUGGCAGAGGCGGUAACGAUCUCCAACUGGCUCGCGGUCCCGCAGCGGUUCGCGGUGAGCUUUGAGUACGACGGCAGCGAGAGCGGCGAGAGCGGGUCGCCGCGGCGGACGGCGUCGCUCAACGGGCUGCAGCACAUCGAUCUGCCGGCGCUUGCGUCGCGGCAGUACAAGUUCUCGUACUACGCGCUGAAGGAGGAGGUGCUGAGUGGAAGGAUUGUGUUCACCAACAGGAGCACCGGCGAGUACAUGUACUACCGGUUUGUGUUCCGCUCGCUCCCGCCGUCGCCGCUGGAGGUCAUCGCGCUGGAGACGCCGAUCCGACAGCGCGUGGAGCACGAGCUGGUGAUUUCGAAUCCACUGCCGCGACCGGCGAGCGUGUCGGCGGUCCACAAGAUUUCCGGCCUGAGCGUGGAGCCUGCGAGCGCAGUCAUCGAGCCGCAGUCGGACGCGGUGUUCAUGCUCUCGUACAUGCCACUCAAGGUUGGGCAGGCGACCGGCAAGCUCUCGUUUACGUCGAGUGCGCUGGGAACAUUCCUCUACUCGCUCCGGCUCUCGGCGCGGUCGACCAACGUUGAGCCUGCUGUGCAGUUCCGGGCCGGGCUCGGCUCGUCGCAGGUCAAGCACGUCACGAUUGUGCACUACCUCCCAAGCGCCACUAGUUACUCGUGCUCGGUCUCGGGCUCUGAGGAUUUUUCGGUGCCGAAGAGCGUGCACGCGCCGGCGGCGCCCGACGGCGCCGGCCCGUCGGCCGGCGGCAGCGCGGUAACAAGCGCCGGCGUCCCGGUCGCGUUUGAGGUGGUGUAUGAACCCGGUGAGCUUGGAGAUGCCAAGGCAAUGCUCAAGCUCAGCUCGCGCGAUGCCGGUGAGUACGUGGUCCCGCUGUUUGGCCACUGCACGCCGCCGGUCCCACAGGGCCCGAUCAGCAUCAAGAGCGGCGGUUCGGUGUCGAUCCCGUUCAAGAAUGUCUUUGCCGAGUCGACUUCGUUUGUGUACGAGGUCGACAACCCGUGCUUUACCGUCAAGUCUGGCGAGGUGCUCAGCUCCAAGAAGAGCACCAGCGUGAGCGUCGGGUACAAGACUGCUGCCGGCGGCCUCCGCAACGGCAAGCUGUCCAUCCGGGCCGACGGCAUGCCGCCGUGGGAGUUCUAUCUUCAGGGACUGUAAAGAGUAGUUUGUUG